GGGGCAGGGGCUGCGCGGCGCAGCCGCUGCUGCUGCCUGCCUGCCUGCCUGCCUGCUUGCUUGCCCGUCCGCCUGCCUGCCCACCUGCCUGGCCGGGCCCGCUGCGCCGCGUGGAGCUGCCGCGGGUUUCCACUGUGUUCUCAUCAGACACUGCAAUGGGCCCUUCCCAGCUCGGCCUCAAGAUGCUGGUAUAGCAGCAGGCGGCCGCGAUCCAGAGGACCUGCGGUGGGACAUCGUUUCCUGCUGGGGCAUCCUUCAUCCACUCUCUCUCGGCAGAAGUGAUGGAUGCCCAUGUGGACCUCCUGACAGAGCUGCAGCUGCUGGAUAAGGUGCCCACGCUGGAGAGGCUGCGGGCAGCCCAGAAGCGGAGGGCUCAGCAGCUGAAGAAAUGGGCGCAGUAUGAGAAGGAGAUGCAGCACAAGAAGCGGAAGCAUGAAAAGAAGAGAAAUGCUGUUAACCGAAAGAAAGUGUCUUUUGAAGCCAGCGUUGCUCUGCUGGAGGCUUCUCUGAGGAACGACUUGGAGGAAGUGUGUUACUUGCUGAAGAGCAACGUCAGCCCAGACCUGUGCAAUGAAGAUGGAUUAACUGCACUGCAUCAGUGCUGCAUAGACAACUAUGAAGAGAUAGUCAAGCUUCUCCUCAACCACGGGGCCAAUGUCAAUGCGAAGGACAAUGAGCUGUGGACUCCGUUGCAUGCAGCAGCUACAUGUGGUCAUAUCAACCUGGUGAAGAUCCUCAUCCAGCAUGGAGCAGACUUGUUGGCAGUAAAUGCAGAUGGCAACAUGCCGUAUGACCUCUGUGAAGAUGAGCCAACUCUGGAUGUCAUUGAGACUUGCAUGGCCUAUCAAGGGAUUACACAGGAAAGAAUCAAUGAGAUGCGGGCUGCCCCGGAGCAGGUCAUGAUCUGUGACAUUCAUGAUAUACUUGCAACUGGACAAGACCUGAACAGGACUGAUGCCCAAGGUGCUACGCUGCUACAUAUAGCUGCAGCCAAUGGUUAUCUGCAUGCAGCUGAAGUCCUUCUUGACCAGGGGGCAAGCCUGGAUGUUAAGGACUGGGAUGGCUGGGAACCUCUUCAUGCUGCUGCUUUCUGGGGACAGAUGCAGAUGGCUGAGUUGCUUGUGUCCCACGGGGCUAGUUUGAGUGCUAGGACAUCUCUGGAUGAGAUGCCAAUAGAUCUGUGUGAAGAGGAGGAAUUCAAAGUAUUGCUUCUGGAGUUGAAACACAAACACGAUGUGAUCAUGAAGUCUCAGAUGAGGCAUAAAUCCUCCCUAAGUCGAAGGACCUCCAGCACUGGCAGCCGGGGGAAGGUGGUGAGGAGGGCCAGCCUUUCGGACCGAACAAACCUUUACAGGAAGGAGUGCGAGAAAGAGGCCAUUGUCUGGCAGCAACUGGGGGCAGCAGAAGAAGGAAGAAACUCAGGUCUCAUUGGAGAAAUUGGGGAGACUCGGUCUGACCAGGAGAAUACAGACCCCAAUUCAGUGCUGGAGAACUCUUCCCUCCUUCCGGAGUUAGCAAACAAAAGCACCCAGUGUGACUCUGAAAUCCCCCUCCAGAAUGGACUCAUGGCAUCUGCCAGCACUUACCAGUACACCUUUUCCAACGGGGACAUUUGGAGUAUGCACGCUGACCCUGACAGUAACCCAGGCCACAUGCUGCCCUAUGGCAACCCUGGGCUCCCUGACACACAGCAGUUCUGGGGUACCUACAAGGAGCACAACCAUCAAACGCUCUCCGAACUUAAACGGCAGCGGGCUGCAGCCAAACUCCUCAAUCACCCUUUCCUCAGCACCCACUUCGGCAGUGGCGUGGGAGGAGUUGCUGAGAAUGGGGGUGAGGCCAAGUCGCAUCUAAUCGGAUCCAGGACUUCUCCCUACAGCUCCAAUGGGACCUCAGUGUAUUACACAGUGUCCAGUGGUGAUCCACCCCUCUUGAAAUUCAAAGCUCCCAUGGAGGAAAUGGAAGAGAAGGUGCAUGGGUGCUGCAGAAUUUCCUAGUCUCAUCUGUUUCUCACCCCAGAGGAAAAAAGUCGUGGGUGGGCUGGUUGGAUCUAUUGCAGCGGCCAGGUUGUUUGCAUUCCAAAGGGAGAGUUUGGUUAUGGACAUCCUUACUGCGGUGGCCUCGUUCAUCUUGAAUCGUACUUUACCCUGCCAAUUGCUUCCUUUGCAGUUGAAUGAGUAAUACAGGUGGAGCAAGGCUCUUAGGAGAGGAAGGGGUGCGCAUCAAUAUGAUGUAAAAAGAGUCACCCUAGUCUUGCUCCCUGGGGAAGAAGGAAUGGUGCACUGCCUCCCUGUCCUUGGGAAGUCAUGAGAUGCCUUGGAACAAAGAAAGGAUCUGAAUUAAAAUCUUUGCAUCUGAGCCUCUUGCUGUAAGUCACCAAGCUUCUGGAAGGUGACAGUUCAGACCUGAAUUUUCACUCUUGAGUGAUGCAUAUAUCCUGGAGGGGAGAUCAACCCCCACACAGGGUUUGCAAGAGUGGACAGAGCUGUUUUCCGUACAGCUGGAUCCAGCAUUUACAGGGCCUGAGCAACAAGCAAGCAUAGAUGCUGCACUUGCUUUAGGAAGUUUGCAAGGUGUUAUCUCCUUGCAGUGACAGCUCACUAUCAAAAACUGUCCACUGGUUGGGUCCUAUUCUGCUCAUGUAAACUCAUCACUGCAGACUGCCAUUAGGUUUGAAGCAGAACUUUUCCUGGAACAGGCUUCACUCAAUAGGCUUUAAAACUGAUGUUGCAAUAAGGGGCCCUGGCAAUAGGAUUUUACUGCAAUAAAAUACUGACAAAGGUCUAUAUUGGGAUAAGUAAUUUAAAAAACUUAUUUGUACUAUUUAGACUCUUAAUUUGUUAAAACUGAAAAGACUUUUGCUGAUCUCACUUUCCUAUUGAUUCUGUUUGUUUACUCUGUACGCUCAACACAGAUACUAUGGGCAGUAUGCUUUGCAUUCUGAUUUUUUCUGGAUUUCCAGAACCGCAGGGCUCGGGAGGGCUGAGGAGGAAAGGCUUGCUAACACUAAUCUAGAAAUGCCAUGAAAGUGUUUCUAAUCUCCCUAGAUGUUACGACACUUGUGUUAACCUGAAGUUUUUGGCUGAUAAAUAACUGUUAAAUUUUUGCUUUUGUAGUUGAACAUUGCAGCAGGGCAGGAGAUUUUCUUUGUCUGUUUUCCAGCUCCCAUGCUGAAAUCAUCAGCAGUGGUUAGUAGCUGUCAGAAGACAACUUAAAUGCCUAUAUGUACAAGGGGGUCACCUAGUGCCAUGCAGUACUUAGCAAAGCCUCUCUGCUGUAGGGUGGCUGGCACACCAACACCAGUCUUUUAGUGUAGUUCAUGUUAGCUCUGACAGACUACCUGAGAAACACUAGCACAGUAUAACCUGGGGGUUUGGCACUGGCUUUUUAGCAAGUUAAGGCUUUGCAUACCUGGGGGAGGUGAAAGGUGCGUGCCCCGUGGGGGAGAGCUCUGAGGAACUGGCCACAGUUGAGUUAACAAGUUUUAUCUACAGAAGUAACUGUAAAUCUUCAACCCUUUUUCUGCACAGAGGGGCUAUUGCAAACGUAACUAUUUGCCUGCAUGAAUAUGUGUCUUCUCGGGCAGUUUAAAUUCCAAACUCUGAAAACAUAAGCCUGUUUGGGUCUCCGUAAGUCAUCAUUGGAUUAAAUCCAGCUCACGUCGUUGUGCUUCAGCCAAGCAACAGUAAAUGCAGCUUCCAUCCCUCUUCCUUUUAGCUGGCGGUUGUUAGACAUCAAUGUUACACUCACACGUACGCUCCCCCUGUGGGAAUCCUGACAGCCUUUCCUUUUUUCUAGGCUAUAAAAAGUUGACUGAGGCUGAAACUCACUGUUAAGUGCUACCCUCUGCUCCCCAUCAAAUCUAGCUCAUCGCUGGGGCUGGAUGUAUUAUGAUACAGGGCUCUGGGCUCCUCAUUCUCAGCUCCUCGAGGCAGCAGAGGUGGCUGUGUGUCACCACCACAACCAUGCUGUGCAGGAAACACUUUUGGACCUGUGAGGUUAUUACCAGGCUGACAGUUUACUCUUUUGAACUCUGAAGAAACAAUUCUCUUCCCUCACCAGUUUUAGGAACAAAUUAGAAAAUGGUAGCAGUUGAUCUGAUUUUUUUCAAAACCUCAGUUCAGUUAAAGGCAGGGGAUUUCUUUGUAUGUUUUGAAACAUUCAGAGAAGUUGAGCUUCCUCCAUUAUUGAAAUUCAUAUGCUAAAUAUAAGACUAGAAAAUACUUCUUGUGCUUGACUUAAGCUCAAGGGAUUUUAAAAGUCAUUCUGUAGUAGAAAGAAGAUGAUUUGGUAACCGGACAGACUUCACGGCAUCUGUGUGUGGUUAACAGUGGGUCUUCUGAUUACCUCGAGAAAAUUCUUCUGGGAUAACACCAAGUGUAGCCUGGGUAUUACUGAGCGGGGGGAGAUGACCUUUCAGAUGCCUCUCUUCUCCCAUGGUGGUGAGGGUUGUCUCUCCACAUCCAUCCUAACAAAAGUUCUGGACUCAGUGUAACAAAUUUUGGUGCCGCUAUCCACUAGGUUGUAAGUGGUACAAAAUUCGGGCCCAGCUGAUGCCUUCCCUCCCAUGGAAGGAGUUGGGCCCUUUUCCUUCUCAGAGCAAUUUUGUGUUAUCAAGUGUAUUGAAUCCUACCUAACACCAAGCAAAUGAAAAGGAGACCGUUGAAUGCAAUAGUGUUAAGUAGUUGAGGGUUGCUUUCACUGAGAGUUGUUAAUACAUUAAAACCGUAGGAAGCCAGUCCAUUUUGGACAAACAGCUUUUAGUCCAUUGGUAUUUCACUCUGUUUAUAUGUGAAACUCCAGGAACUCAUCACUCUAGCUGUGAUGUUGAGCAAACCAAUAAUUGAUUUGCUAUCAGGCAAAAAAUAUUACAGAUUUUAGAUUACAAAACAUCCCCCUAAUUGGACUUUGUAUUGUAAUUGUAAAAUUGGCUGUAAUACAGCUCUUCUGGCUUUAUCACUGUAAGCUAAGAUGCUCACUGUGGCAUCUGAUCAAAUGUAAUCAAUUCUUAUUCAGACAAGAGAGUCAGUAAUCAAUAAAUCUUCCAGGCCGUGUUUCACAUCCAUGCCAAGUUAUUUAUCUACCACUGGCUUUGGGAUGAAGUAGCAUCACAGUGGGACUUGCGAAGGCUAUUGAAGAGUGACCUAGAAUUGAUUCAUGCUCAUGCGUUGGUGACAUUUGGGAUAUAAUGGUCAGUGCCUGUGGCGCACUGGUGAAUAUACUCAGGGAAGGAGCUGGCAGUUCAUGCUGCAUGCAGAGCUGUUGGUUUUAGGUCUGGGAUGAGCAAUUCUGUAAAGUGGAUAUUUAACCUGCUUCUGGUAAACUGUUUUGUAGAGACAAACAGGCUUUUGGGGGAAUAACAAACACAUAGAUACUCUUACAUGUGCAUUGUAGGAGCCUACCUCUAGGAAUAGGGCUUUUUAUUAUAAAAUUUAGCAGUGUUACAACAAUAGUGGUUUUCUAUAUCUAUGUGUUUUAAAGGCCAUCCCAGUGGAAAGCUCUGAGGUACAUAGCAGAAGGCACUUGGCUAUUUCAUUGGAUCUUAAAAUUGCAAAAAAGCUGUAGAAACUAGAAAUCAUGUUGUGACUGGCAUAUCUAGCACUUGGCUUACUAGAGGAAGAUUUGGGGGUUUUUAUGCUAUACUCUUGUGUUUUUAGGCUCAAUAAACAUCUUAACUACAGAUUCAAGGUCAGAUUAGAGUCCCACUUCUGUUAGCAGUAAGCCAAAGGUGGUAGUUAUUCAUACAGACUACGCAAAGAUUUGAGAAUGUGGAUGUAUUGAUGGGUCUAUUGUAGGCAGAACUGCACAUGAGAAUAACCAUUCUGCUUGCAAAAUCUUCCUAUAUGCUGAAGUUGUACUGUUUCUAGCAAACUAAGUGGUGAUGAGAGCGGCUUUACUUUCCAUGUAGACUUUUUUUUAGAUGGAAAAAAAGGUGUCUCUCAAAAUAGUGUCUCUGCUUUACUGAGCUCAACCAAGAAAGUCCCAGCACUGAAAUGUUAGAUAAGGGCUUAAGUACCAUUGCUGGGAUCUGUUUGAUGUCAGACCUGGAUCUGUAUUUCACAUACCAAGUGAUGUGAUUUUAGCCCACUUAGUCUCACUUCUGUGGUUCUCCAGAAUCUUAAAACCCUCCCAAUUUGGGAAGAACUGACUCUAGCUGAUGUGAUUCUGUACCACCUUGCAGGUGUGGUUCAAGAACCAUGAGGAUGAGGAACUCCUGGCAGGGAAGAAGAGCAUGGCAGGGCAAUAGCAAUAAUGAAUCAGUGCAAUACUCAGUGGAGGCAGGGAAUUCUCUAGUUUAUUGAGCAGGGUCUUAUUUUGUGGGGUUGAAAGCACUUACAAGCUACCAAAUGGCAUUACAACUUCUGUUUAGUGUCCUUUUGCUUUAAUCUUGGAGCUCUGUUUACCCAAAUCUUCUCUGCUGAAACUGAAUCAGCAAUACCAUGAAAUAGGAGCAUCUUAACCGAGAAAGCAAUAGCACUGGUCUCCAGUGAGCCAUAGAUGAACUGUUGUCCAUCUCCUGGAAGGUGUUCUCCCUACAUCUGGAUAUUUCUGUGCCUUAUCAUACUUGCUAAAGGUAACUUGGUAACUAGUCUCUGGAAGGUUUGUGGUGACUAUAUAGUGCUGUUCUUUAACUUGGAGACUAUUUUGCAAGGGGAUAACAGUUCAGAGCAUACCAGAUUUUGAAGUUUUUAUUUGCUCUUUCAGUUUCUCUCACUAUCACCAGUUCUUUCUUCCUAAAUACACAGAAAGGAAAUGCACAGGGUCUUCAUUCUAAUUUAACAAAUCGUGUUGAUCUCCUUUGUUAUAGCAGUUCUCUACAGGCAGAAUCCAGAACACGCUUGUAGCAGCAAAGUCUAGCCUCUUACUACAGAACACAGCUAAUAUUUACAUUUUUUUGUUUUGUUUUGCCUGUGGCUGUACAACAGAAUUUCUUGUCCCUCGUUGUUCUUCAGCUUUAUUCUGCUGUUUUUGUGUUGGCCAAACUGGUAAUGGACUUCUCAGUUCCCCCCCCCAAUUUGAGUACUGCUGGGUUCUUCUGCCAUGGCACAAUUACGACCUAGAAUAUUUUGCUAUAUUUCAACUGCAGAAGCUGUAGUAGAGGAGACUCUGCUCAAGACACCCGUUCCCAAACCUACACCUACAAUGCAAUUACCUCCACCCGCAGCUGGAGGGGAGAUACGGGUUUUUAAACAGUGCAGAUGCAGCCUUAGUAUUGCCACCUCUACGUCUUCAGCCUAUAGAUUGCAGUGUGAGAAUGGACUACAGGAGUGUCGGUAACCGUGGUACAGCUCGGUGUGACUGCUGCAUGUACAGGAUAUUAACAAAUGAUGGCAAGCCUUCUGCAAUAACUUGUAAUUCCAUCGAUCAGUAGUAAAUGAUGUACAAAUAAAACUUGAUGAAAUGUAUUUUAUGUGAAAAAAAUAAUCUAAGAACUGUAUAUUGUAUUAGCAGCUUUGUGUAUAAAAUGGCAUUUUGGCAAUCAGAGUCUAAUAUAUUUAAAACUUUUUUUAAAAAAAGGAUAUUUGAUAUUGUAUGGAAUUGACUUUAUUGCUACUGUAAGUAUGAAAAGAUGGUUUCUUAACAUGUUGAAGCAAUGCAUAAAAUCUUAAAUUGUAUGUAAAACUCAUGCCAAAAGGGUAUGUCUGACAGUAUUAGCACCUGACUCAGUGUCUUUAAUAGAGAUUGAAUUUUUUAAUUUAAAAAUUACAUUAAAUUUCUUUUAAUAAUA